GAGUCAUUUCAUUUUUUUAAUAAAAAAUAAAAUAUUCAAUCAUUCUUACUUUAUCUCAUUAUAUACUUUAGUCUCUCUUUAUUUUUCUUAUUUUAUUCCUUUUUCCUACUUUUCAAUAUAAUUUUUUAAUCUUCGUGCUCAAAAGUUAUAUUUCAACUUAGUUGGGACGGAGGGAGUAUAUAAAAGAUGAUGUGAAGAAGUGGGAAGUAAUGAUAUCUGUGUUGGAGUUGUCAAUUCUUUAUUUCCACUUCCAUACAGUUGUUAUUUUACUAACAUAAAGCAAAAAACCAAGAGGAGCUUAUUAGUCAACAACUUCCCUUCAAGUAAAAGCUAUUACUCCAUUAUUUUGUCAAGUUUGCAAUUUAUACCUAAUACAUAAAGCCAUCAGCACUUUCUCUCUCUCACCUGAAAAGAGACAGAGAUAGAGAUGAAGAAGGCACCUCCAUGUUUGUUGAUUCUGAGCUUCUUAUUUUCAUAUGUUUAUUCCCAAUCACAAGAUUCCUGCAAUUCUCCUCUCACCUUGCAAAACCCACUCCCCUUUGACACAACUUCUAUGCAAUGUGCCAAUGUGUGGAGCUCUCAAGGCUUCAUCCUCAGAUAUGUGCAGGCUGCCCCAAAUGUAUGGAAUUUUGUGUUGUCAGCACCAAACAUAAAUGCAUAUGUUGGCAUAGGGUUCUCACCCAACGGCAACAUGGUAGGCUCAACUGCCAUAGUUGGUUGGGUGGAAUCCGAUGGCACUUCCAACAUGAAGCAAUACUUCUUGGGAGGCCAACAACCUAACCUUGUUAGGUUGAUCCAACCACCCACUCAAGGCUUGCCACUUGCCAAUGGAUCCACCAUGGUCGUCCAAUCCGACCGUAUCUACAUCACCUUCCAGCUCCUCACCCCCCGCCCUACCUCGCACCUCAUCUACGCAGUCGGCCCAGACGCCCGCCUCCCUCAGGCCUCCGAUUACCGCUUGACCGAACAUGAAGAGCAUGUCGCCACCUCCUUGAAUUAUGCCUCAGGUCAAUUUGAAACACAGAAACAACCUGAGUCGAGUCUCCGAAGGAGCCACGGGAUUUUGAACAUGCUGGGGUGGGCCAUCUUGAUGCCGAUCGGGGCGAUGGUGGCCCGGUACAUGAGGAAGUGGGACCCACUUUGGUUUUAUCUGCACGCCGUGAUUCAAUCAACGGCCUUCUUGUUUGGCUUAAUUGGUGUAAUAUGUGGUUUUGUUUUGGAUGAUCGUCUCUCUGCCAACGUUUCAAAACACAAAGCUCUUGGGAUUACUAUUCUCACCUUUGGCUGCCUCCAGGUUCUAGCGCUCCUAAUCCGACCAGAUAAGAGUUCGAAAGUUCGAAAAUAUUGGAAUUGGUACCAUUUUGGUGUGGGAAGGGUGUUGGUGUUCUUGGCUGCGAUUAACGUGUUUUAUGGCAUCCAUUUGGGCAAGGCCGGUUCAUCGUGGAAUGCCGGUUUUGCAGCGGUUCUUGUCAUUUUAUUCAUCGUUACUCUUAUUAUGGAGAUUAGAAUAUGGUUUAGAAAAUGAUUUGUGCUUUGUUUUUGUAAUUUUUCUUAAUUACUCAUGUAACUUAUUUGUUUAUGAUUCCACAGUUUUUUUAUUAAGUACUUUGAUUGAGGAUUGGGGGAUUUGUUUCA